AAUUCAGUCUGUAAUUUUUUUUCAGAGGACGUCUGAGAAAAACACAUAUAUGGUCGUUCCGGAUAGGAAUAAAAUCACAGAGGACCCCCCAAUAAAAGAGAAAAUUACCCUCUUGGACCCUCUUGAGACGAACCCCGUUUGGAUAGGACUUUAGUCUCUCUUUCCCUCUGUCUCUCAUACUCGCUGUCUUUACUUGCUCUUGUCUUUCCCUCUGUCUCGCUCUUUUUCUCUCGCUCUGUUUCACUCCCCAUCUCUCUGUCUCUCUCCCUUUGUCUCUUUCUCUCUGUUUUUCUCUCUGUCUCUCUCUCUCUCUCUCUCUCUCUCUCUUCCUCUCUCUCUCUGGGAUCAACAGUAGGGGAUUGGUCUCUUGCUGGCUGCAGACUAUUAAUAGGCUACUCCCUGAACACGCGUCACUUUUGGAGGUGAUCCUCUUAACCUGAAAGCGGACAGAGUGAGACGCAGUGUGUGAUUUGUUUGUGUUCUGAAAGGUAUUGAAGUUAACAGAGUUGAAGUUAGCAAAAUUUAGAGUGAGAACAUAUAAAUAACAUAAAUGAAAUAAAGCAAACAGCUCUAUUUCUUAUGUUCUUUGUUUUAUAUGGAGCUGGACUUAAUGACACUAUAUACAGAUUCUCACUGUCAGUGACUGUGGCUUUACUCUGCUGCCUGUUUGGCUGGUAGAGAAGGGCAUUCAGCAGCAGUCGAAGCUUCUUAGGGGCAGCUAUGACCGACGUACCUGACUCCCCCGGGGCCAGAAUAUCAGGCUGCUGGGCUCUGCGGUCAGGCGGAGGUGGCAGUGGCGAGGACUCAUUGGACAGGUUGCUCCCCCCACUGAACACCCCCCGCAGGAAGAGUACCACUCUGGGUAAAACAGAGCCCCCACUUCUGCGCACUGGCACCCGAACCAUCUACACAGCCGGCAGACCACCAUGGUACAAUGAGCAUGGAACACAGUCCAAAGAGGCCUUUGUCAUAGGCCUGUGUGGGGGCAGUGCAUCAGGAAAAACCACAGUGGCCAAUAAGAUCAUCGAGGCUCUGGAUGUCCCCUGGGUGGUUCUGUUGUCCAUGGACUCCUUCUACAAGGUUCUCUCUCCAGAAGAACAGGCUCUAGCUGCUAGUAAUGACUAUAAUUUCGACCACCCUGGAGCUUUCGACUUCCAGCUCCUUGUGACCACGCUGAGGAAACUCAAACAGGGCAAGAGCGUGAAGAUCCCAGUGUACGACUUCACCACACAUGGGAGACAGAAGGAGUGGAAAAACGUCUAUGGUGCCAGUGUCAUCAUCUUCGAAGGGAUAAUGGCUUUUACAGAUAAAGAGCUUUUGCAGCUUUUGGAUAUGAAGGUCUUUGUGGACACAGACUCUGAUAUCAGGCUUGUCCGCAGGCUGAAGAGGGACAUUACUGAGCGUGGACGGGACAUUGAAGGGGUUAUUAAGCAGUAUAAUAAAUUUGUAAAGCCGGCCUUUGAGCAGUAUAUCGAACCCACCAUGAGACUGGCAGACAUUGUGGUGCCACGAGGUGGGGGAAACAUGGUCGCCAUUGACCUGAUUGUACAGCAUGUUCACAGCCAGCUGGAGGAGCGUGAGCUCAGUGUCAGGGCUCUCCUGGCCUCAGCUCACCAGUCUCAGCCACUCCCUCAGACCCUCAGUGUGUUGGAAAGCACUCCACAAGUCAGAGGUCUCCAUACCAUCAUCAGAAAUAAAGACACCAGUCGGGAUGAAUUCAUCUUUUAUUCGAAGAGGCUGAUGCGCCUACUGAUAGAACACGCUCUGACGUUCUUGCCUUCUAAGAAGUGUAUGGUGCAGACUCCGCAAAGUCAAGAGUACGAAGGACGGAGUUUCAGUGGGAAAGGGAUCACAGGGGUGUCUAUCCUGCGGGCAGGUGAGACUAUGGAGCCGGCUCUCAGAGCUGUGUGUAAGGAUGUUCGCAUCGGCAAGCUCCUCAUCCAAACCAACCUGGACUCUGGAGAACCAGAGCUGCACUACCUGCGACUGCCCAAAGACAUCAGUGAGGACCAUGUGAUCCUGAUGGACAGCACCGUGUCCACAGGAGCGGCAGCCAUGAUGGCCAUCAGAGUGUUGUUGGAUCAUGAUGUUCAGGAGGAGAAUAUCCUCCUGGGGUCUCUGCUGAUGGCUGAGCUUGGGGUUCACUCUGUGGCCUACGCUUUCCCUCGAGUCAAAAUAAUCACCACAGCCGUGGACAAGAGUCUGGACGACUUCCUUCACGUCAUUCCAGGCAUAGGAGAUUUUGGGGAUCGCUACUUUGGAACUGAUGCCCCUUCAUUGUGGAGUGAUGAAGAGGACCAAGAACUGCCCAGCUGCUGAUGAAGAUUCUUUUUUAAGGACUGUACACUCAUGUCACUGUUCCAAAUCCCAUUUGACUACUUCCUCUACUCCUUUGUAGUUGAUUGUCAGGGAUAGUUUGACCAGUAUGGCAAAUUCUAUUAGAAUGGGCUUUCACUCGUAGGUGGUUUAACACCUGCUAUUUUGGUUUGGACCAAAGGUGCUGCAGACCACAGUCUGGACCCCAAGGACCAAUAUUUGGUCUGUUCUAAAGAGAUGGUCUUGGUUUGGUUCAGUUUGCAGUGGGAGGACUUUUUAAAAUUAGUUUGGAUUUUUAGAGCGAUUACAGGAAGCUAAGGUGGGCUGUUAUGACCUGUUAAAACAAUAGAAUAAAAAAAAAAAAAAACAAUGUAACGAAAUUCGACUCUCGCUUGUGCACAUGCAUUACGCAGUAGUAUGGGCACAAAGCCUGUAUCAUAUUUCUGUAUCUACUGUAACUGUAGACUUAUCCUUAUUUUUAUAAACAGAAAUAAAACCAAUCUGGGAAUGUUAUGCUCAAUAUGCUACCUGACU